GUUUCACUCAAUAAGACUGCAUUAGUGAUUAAUACAGUUGCGUCAUCGUUCUACGGCUGAUUAAAUUUCGCAAUUCAUUUUUUGAAAACGUUUAGAUGAUUGAGCUGGUUACUUCAUCAAUAUGCAGGACAAAGCAGCAUUCAUUAUAUCCUAGAGACGAAGCGGGGUAAACGCCAAAGACAAAGAACACAGUCAAGAAAAUCACAAACAUGAAACAUGGAACAACAGCUCAAAAAUCCACAAACAACACAGUGCAUAUAUACUAUAAAACAAAUAGUAGACAUCCAAACAUGACACGGCUUUUCAUCAUGCAUAUUUUGAUCUACACGAUGGUCAACCAGGCCCUAGGUAUGCAGGCUGACGUGAAAACGACCUUAAGACAUAUGGCCAGGAGAAAUGCGCGUUUUGUGGAUCGCAUUCAAAAUCUCCAUAGUGACUCAGGCAAUCGACAAAGACGAGCAGCCACUCAGAGCUGCGAACUGACUGACAUUGCAGACAGAUUGGCGACAUGCGUAUCUGCCACAGCUGCUAUUAAUAACUCAACUGUUGACCUACUUUCGAGUAUUUGUGGAAACGUCGAGUGUAACAUACAAUGUUUCACGGACGCUGUUGGGGACUGCUAUCAGACGGACCAGAACUUCUAUUUUGACCCAAGCUUGGUCAAAAUGGAGUAUAGAGCCAUGUGCGCCAACACGGAACUAACUACUGGAAUGUUUACCGACUGUGUCUCUCAACUCUUCCUUGACCAGUGCUUUUUUGAUAUGAGUACGACCCUUGCAAGUGCUGUUACAACUUAUUAUGCUCAACAAAACUAUGCUUCCUAUAAGCAAUUGUUCUGCAGUGCAUUCUCUACUUAUGCCUCCUGCUUGAACGUCCAAGCUUCCGGAAGCUGCUCGUCCGAAGAGGCUAAGUUUGCAAAAGAUUUUAUGUUGGCAUCAACCCAGUAUGCAGGCUGUGGAGAUCAGACCCACGUCUUCUACACAACAUAUGCAGGCGAUCUUAAAUGUAGGGCAAGCCAAUACUUCCCAAACAUCUUCAUAACACAUCUAGUGGCAAUAGGUGUUCGUCUAUGGGGAUAAUGUUACCUGUCCACAUCGUAAGAGAAUUGAAAACUAAACGAGUGUGAAAAGUCGAAUGAAAAUUUUAACUUGUUAAUCAAAUAAAGCAUAGAGUGUUUCUUACAGCAAUGACUCUUGUUUGAAAUAACAUAUUUUAACAUCCCAGUAAAAAAGGAUUUUAAAAAGCGAUCGUACUUUACUAUUAUUGAUAAGUGCCACCUAUAACUAUAGUUCAAUCAUCAUCAGCCGUGCUUCUUUACUGUAUUUAUUGUUUGUGUAUAUUAUAUAUUGCUCAUACAGCUUUACAAAAACAACAUUUGACGAAAUUAUCUAAGACAAAAUUAUGUUAUUGUAUAGCGUGAAUCAAUUAUAAUGUGUAAAAAAAAUAUUGACUUAUAUUAGUUACGAUGACAUUGGAAAAUAUUCUCUUAAGUUGUAAGUUUUGUAAGGAUAUCGUCUAUAUGCUUUAAUCCGUGUGAUAUAUACAAAACACUUAUGAAAUCUCUAUUUCUGGCAAUGCGAUGCUGACUGUCUCUCAUAGAGUGUCUAUAAGUCUUUGAACCCGUGAUAUUAAACACAAAAUUUAUGUAAUCUCUAUUUAUGGCCAUGUGGUGCUGACUGUCUCUCAUAGAGUGUCUAUAAGUCUUUGAACCCGUGAUAUUAAACACAGAAUUUAUGUAAUCUCUAUUUCUGGCCAUGUGGUGCUGUCAGUGUCUCAUAGAGUGUCUAUAAGGCUUUGAACCCGUGAUAUUAAACACAGAAUUUAUGUAAUCUCUAUUUCUGGCCAUGUGGUGUUGUCAGUGUCUCAUAGAGUGUCUAUAAGGCUUUGAACCCGUGAUAUUAAACACAAAAUUUAUGUAAUCAUUAUUUCUGGCCAUGUGGUGCUGUCAGUGUCUCAUAGAGUGUCUAUAAGGCUUUGAACCCGUGAUAUUAAACACAAAAUUUAUGUAAUCUCUAUUUCUGGCCAUGUGGUGCUGUCAGUGUCUCACAGACUGUCUAUCAGGCUUUGAACCCGUGAUAUUAAACACAAAAUUUAUGUAAUCUCUAUUUCUGGCCAUGUGGUGCUGUCAGUGUCUCAUAGAGUGUCUAUAAGGCUUUGAAGCCGUGAUAUUAAACACAAAAUUUAUGUAAACUCUAUUUCUGGCCAUGUGGUGCUGUCAGUGUCUCAUAGAGUGUCUAUAAGGCUUUGAACCCGUGAUAUUAAACACAAAAUUUAUGUAAUCUCUAUUUCUGGCCAUGUGGUGCUGUCAGUGUCUCAUAGAGUGUCUAUCAGGCUUUGAUCCGUACGUUUUUUAAAACAAUAUUUAUAUUUUGUAAUAUCUAUUACUUGUCAUGUGAUGCUGUGAGUGUCUCGUAGAGUGUGCAAUACGCUUCGAUCCUCGUUUAAUCAUUAAUAAUAUGUGUUUGCUUGGCUUGUUGAUGUUGUUUCAAAUAAUUGAAUGUGUAAACGUUUUACAAUAAAGCAGCUUGUAAGAGAGGACCUGUAUUGUGCUGAAAUAAAAUACGUUAA